CCGAGAUCGAGGCUGAUUAAUUGGAGUUGAUAACAUAACGUGAUUUCGGUCACAUUUUACUUCGAGUUCGGGAAAUUUUCAAGUCGUAUUCCUUCAAAUUGCAGAAAUAACCAGUAUGUUCCAAGGUUUUCGACAAUUCGAAGAGGAUCCUUUCUUCAGGGAUCACCGUGAACGCAUGAGGAGUAACUUUGGAGGAUUUGACAGAUUCUUUGCUUCUGACCCUUUUGCACUGGAAGAGCCAAGAGACAGACAUGAUAGGGGUGGUGGCAUUGAUGCAAGGGAUCGUGGAAGGGAGGUUGUUCCAAGAGACGUGUUUGGAGGAAUGUUUGGUCACAUGAACUCUAUGUUCAGCAACAUGGACAAGCAUUUUGAGAGAGCAGCCAAUGAUCCAAACUCCUUCACCUACUCCCAGUCCUCUGUGAUGACAUACUCUAAUGAUGGGUGUGGAGACCCUAAGGUGUUCCAAGCACACACCUCAACCAAAAGGGCUCCUGGAGGGAUAAAAGAAACUAAAAAGGCUUUGAAGGACUCAGAGAGUGGGCUGGAACGAAUGGCUAUUGGACAUCACAUUGGUGACCGUGGCCGUGUGGUGGAACGUUCUCUGAACAGAAGAACAAAUGAAGAAGAGAGAAAGCAAGAUUUUAUUAAUAUGGAUGAGAAUGAUGCACCAUCAUUUGAUAACGAGUGGAAUCAUAGGACCCGCACUGCCAUGCAUUCUUUGGGUGAUGUCCGUAAAGAUACACGCAGGGCUCUUGAAGAACCAAGAAAGCGCCAUGAUCGCGGAAGAGGCAGGCUGGAAAACCGCGAAGAAAGAGGUCACCACCGAGCUUUUGCACCAGACCACGCCGAGCCUGACAACUACCGAGGACGUGGCGACGAGUACCGAAGACGUGACGAAGAUUACCGAGGGUAUCGCGAAGACAGACGAGAGCAUGGCGAAGAUUACCGAGGGCGUGGCCGAGAAAAGGCACGGGACCAUGAGCGGAAAGUACGUGUGAACAGUCGCCCGACGAACAAGCACCAGCCGCGGGGUAGCCUGGACUAGGAUAUUUGCGCUCAGACAAACAGAACUUUGCAGAGUCUAAUUAGAAAAGUAGAAUUAUUUAACUUGGUGCUUCAUCUUUCCUCGAGCAACCAGUUUUCUCGUGUGUCAGUCUUGGAGUGUGCAUAAAUUCGUUUUAUUAUAGGCAAUGCUCUUGCUGUAUACGAGCUCUGUGAGUUUCACACUUCAAGCAUUUGCGUGCUGUCUAUGUAUUGUUGAUUCAGAGACUUCUUUUAUAAGAAUUUUGUAAUAUGGAGAGAAAGGUCAAAACAAUCAGAGUGUGUAACCACUUCUUUUUGAUGUGACUGAGUAAGCUAUAUUGUGAGAUUUUAGUCAGGCGUCUGGCAAAAUAAAGAUACUGUUAUAGUGC